AUAGUAUUUUGUAAUUUUGGAAUAAUUUCUUAUUUUUACAGCUUUAGGACGAAAUUUAUUCUACUCAUAAACUGAUUCUCAAGGUUAAAAAAUCAUGUGGUCAGACACACUGCUUAUCGUAUUCAUCUCUGUUUGUACAGCGUUUCUUGGGGAAGGAUUAACGUGGUUGAUGGUUUAUCGGACUGAAAAAUAUCAAAAGUUAAAGGGUGAAGUAGAAAAACAAAGCAAAAAGCUGGAAAAACGUAAGGAAACGCAUGGAGAUUCCUUAGACAAAUCUCACAAAAAGAAAAUUGAACGAGAUGAAGAAAAACUGAAGAACAACAAUCGCGAUCUUUCACUAGUUAAGAUGAAGUCGAUGUUUGCUACCGGGUUCGCGUUCACUGCAUUACUGAGCAUGUUUAAUAGCAUUUUCGACGGUCGUAUUGUGGCUCGAUUGCCAUUUACUCCGAUCUCUUGGAUUCAGGGACUCAGCCAUCGUAACUUACCCGGUGACGAUUACACCGAGUGUUCAUUUAUCUUUCUCUACAUCCUCUGUACAAUGUCUAUUCGACAGAAUAUUCAAAAAUUACUUGGAUUUGCGCCAUCGCGUGCUGCCAGUAAGCAAGCUGGGGGACUAUUUGGACCAACACCAGGGCAAUUUAAAUAGAUAGCGAUUGUCAUUUGACAAGAAAGAUGUAACACAGCAAUGCAACUGAAAAGCAAAGAUUUAAAGGUGAAAUCGGUUCGAAAAAAAAAACGUGUGUUAACUAGUUCUAUGUUUCUGAACUUAGAUCUCUUUAUUUAUUAGACUAGAUCAAAGCAUCUUGUGAUGCUCAAAUUCGCAGUUUUAAACAAUCGUGAAUCAGCAAUCACUCAUUUGAUGGUCACUUUUCGUACUGAUUAAACAUAACGAACAAAUCGUUUCAACCUCAAAA